AUGUUAGUUUAUCACAUUAUAUUGCACCUGCCACGUUCUUCGACCUUCGGAACUCCGGCCUGGCGCCUCGCCCCGCUCCACUCUGGCCAGGCGCCCCUCGCCCCGCACCGCCUCUCUGGCCAGGUGCUUCACCUUCUCCCGCCUCGCCGCUCCGGCCCGGCGCCUCGCCCUCCCUCGCCGCUCAGGCCGGGAGUCUGUCGCAUCGCCGCGCUCCGGCCCGGCGCCCCUCGCCCCACCCCGCACCACCCGAGCUCCUCCUCCCGCCUCGCCGCUCCAGCCGGGCGCCCCUCCCCGCCUCGCCGCUCCAGCCGGGCGCCCCUCCCCGCCUCGCCGCUCCGGCCGGGCGCCCCUCCCCGCCCCGCCCCGCCCCGCCGCUCCGGCCGGGCGCCCCUCCCCGCCCCUCCCCGCCCCGCCGCUCCGGCCGGGCGCCCCUCCCCGCCCCGCCGCUCCGGCCGGGCGCCUCGCCCCGCCCCGCCCCACCACCUUGCGCCUCGCUUCGCCACUCCGGCCGGGCGUCCCUCGCCCCGCCCCGCCUCUCCGGCCGGGCACCUCGCCCCACCUCGCCGCUCCGGCCGGGCGCCCCUCCCCACCCCGCUCUGGCCAGGCGCCUCCCUCCGCCCCGCCUCUCGGGCCAGGUGCCUCGACUCACCCCGCCUCGCUUCACCGCUCUGGCCGGGCGCCCCUCACCCCGCCCCGCCUCUCUGGCCGGGUGCCUCGCUUCCUCCCACCUCGCAGCUCCGGCCGGGUGCCUCGCCUCCCCCCGCCUCGCCGCUCCGGCCGGGCGCCUCACCCCGCCCUCGCCCCUCCGGCCGGGCGCCCCUCGCCCCGCCCCGUCGCUCCGGACGGGCGCCCCACUCCACUCCACUCGGGCGCCCCUCGCCCCGCCUCGCCUCGCCCCUCCUCGCCUCGCCUCGCCCCUCCUCGCUCUGCUUCGCCGCUCCGGCCGGGCGCCCCUCGCUCCGUCGCUCCGGCCGGAUGCUUCGCCUCCCCUCGCCCCGCCGUCGCUCCAGCCGGGCGCCUCCCUCCGCCCCGCCUCUCGGGCCAGGUGCCUCGACUCACCCCGCCUCGCUUCACCGCUCUGGCCGGGCGCCCCUCACCCCGCCCCGCCUCUCUGGCCGGGUGCCUCGCUUCCUCCCACCUCGCAGCUCCGGCCGGGUGCCUCGCCUCCCCCCGCCUCGCCGCUCCGGCCGGGCGCCUCACCCCGCCUCGCCCCGCCCCGCCGCUCCGGCCGGGCGCGCCUCACCUCACCCCGCCUCACCUCUCCGGCCGGGCGCCCCUCGGCCCUCGCCCCUCCGGCCGGGCGCCCCUCGCCCCGCCCCGUCGCUCCGGACGGGCGCCCCACUCCACUCCACUCGGGCGCCCCUCGCCCCGCCUCGCCUCGCCCCUCCUCGCUCUGCUUCGCCGCUCCGGCCGGGCGCCCCUCGCUCCGUCGCUCCGGCCGGAUGCUUCGCCUCCCCUCGCCCCGCCGUCGCUCCGGCCGGGCGCCUCGUCUCGCCGGCCCGGCGCCCCUCGCUCCGCCCCGCCCCUCCGGCCUGGUGCUUCGCCUCAACUCGCCUCGGCGCUCCGGCCGGGCGCCUCGCCGGUAUGAGAAGACGAGUUAUAAGGCUAACUGAAAUAGAACGAAGUGUAUUGUAUUCUGAAGAACUUUCCACGUCCUCCAGCUAUCUGAGGUUCAGAAUUGCAUAG